AUGGCCGCAGCACCCUCCGCAUCCUGCCUCCUCGAGGAGCCUGUCCGACUGCUGCACAACGGAAAGGAUAAGGAGGUGGUGGUGCGGGAGGCGAGGGACUGGGCGGCGCUGCCGCGGGAUGUGUUGCUGGACGUGUUCAGCCGGCUGGACCACGUCGACAUCCUCACGGGGCCCGACAUUGUGUGCAGCCCAUGGCGCAGGGCUUCUGUGGACGAGCUGGACUUGUGGCGCCGCGUCGAUAUGCGCUUCCACUGCUACGCCUUCAACCACUCGGAAUACCUUGAGAUGGUGAGAGCUGCCAUGAGGCGUAGUGUGGGUCGGUGCGAGGCCUUCUGGGCAGAGGGCUACGUCACAGAAAGGAUUCUCUCCCUCCUUGCCGACGGGGCGCCAUCAUUAAAGAGCCUUCGACUCAUCUAUUGCCGUGAUAUCGUAGACAUGGCCUUGAAGCCGUUGAUCACAAAGUUUCCCAUGCUUGAGGAGUUGGAAUUGUCAAACUGUCUGCAUAAAUUUCCUGACACACUUGAAGCUGUAGGAGCUGCAUGUCCCCUCCUGAAGCGCUUUAGACUGAGCCAAAUAUUCUUCUACAGUGAAUACCAAGAUGAUAGCGCAGCCAUGGCGAUCGCCAAGAUGCCAGAGCUGCGCUCGUUGCAGCUCACUGCUAAUUCGCUCACCAACAAUGGUUUGAAAGCCAUCCUUGAUGGUUGCCCGCACCUAGAGUCUCUCGACAUCCGCCAUUGUUACCAUGUUUGCAUGAACGGUGACAUGCAAGCAAAGUGUUCUCGGAUCAAGACUCUGAGGCAUCCUGAAGACUCCAUGGAUGAUUAUGACCUCUCAUUUAAUUACUAUACGACUCCAAACCAUGCAGGUCUACAUCAAUUGAAUUAAUUGACGGUUGUCGGAGUCCUUACUAGCAUUCAAGGUCCAUAUGGUGUUCCAUAUCGCCGAUUUUCUCCUGGAAAUAUUUCUACAAGCAGCAUCGGUCCACACCGCUGAACCCGACGGAACCCACUUGUUGGAAACCGCACACAACGAUGACCAAUUUCCAGACACCGGCCGCUACACGCUAGCCAGGAAUCCUCAUCUAGCUCCUGGAAUUGUAUGUGGCGCUAAUAAAUAGUUCCAAUAUGAGAAUGUAUGAACUUAUAUGGUGAUAUCUAUCUAACAGAAUUUCUA